AUGGCUCUAUCACGCUUAUCAUCUCGAUCCAGCGGCGUCUCUCGUCCACUCUCAGCCGCCUUCAGCCGUUUCAUCUCAACGGACACCACACCGAUAACGAUCGAGACUUCCCUUCCCUUCACCGCUCACUUAUGCGACACACCGUCUCGCUCCGUCGAAUCUUCUAGCCAAGAGCUCCUCACUUUCUUCCGCACCAUGGCUCUGAUGCGGCGGAUGGAAAUCGCGGCCGAUUCGCUUUACAAAGCGAAGCUAAUCCGAGGGUUUUGCCAUCUCUACGACGGACAGGAAGCCGUAGCAAUCGGAAUGGAGGCCGCGAUCACGAAGAAGGACGCGAUUAUCACGGCGUAUCGCGAUCACUGCAUUUUCCUAGGUCGCGGCGGUUCGCUCCACGAGGUUUUCUCGGAGCUUAUGGGGAGACAAGCCGGUUGCUCUAAAGGGAAAGGUGGAUCGAUGCAUUUCUACAAGAAGGACUCGUCGUUUUACGGCGGGCAUGGGAUCGUCGGUGCUCAGGUUCCGUUGGGUUGUGGAAUUGCUUUCGCCCAGAAGUAUAAUAAAGAUGAAGCUGUGACGUUUGCCUUGUAUGGUGAUGGUGCUGCGAAUCAGGGGCAGCUUUUUGAAGCUCUGAAUAUAUCUGCUCUUUGGGAUUUACCUGCAAUUCUAGUCUGCGAGAACAAUCACUAUGGAAUGGGAACUGCUGAAUGGAGAGCUGCUAAGAGUCCAUCUUACUAUAAGCGUGGUGAUUACGUUCCUGGAUUGAAGGUAGAUGGUAUGGAUGCAUUUGCUGUCAAACAAGCAUGUGCAUUUGCUAAGGAACAUGCCUUGAAGAAUGGACCAAUCAUUCUUGAGAUGGACACAUACAGGUACCACGGUCACUCCAUGUCUGACCCUGGGAGCACAUACCGUACACGAGAUGAGAUCUCAGGUGUGAGGCAGGAACGAGAUCCAAUUGAGAGAAUAAAAAAGCUGGUACUAGCUCAUGACCUAGCAACCGAGAAGGAGCUUAAGGAUAUGGAGAAGGAAAUUAGAAAAGAAGUAGACGAUGCCAUUGCCAAAGCUAAGGAUUGCCCAAUGCCAGAACCUUCUGAGCUAUUUACCAAUGUGUAUGUGAAAGGAUUUGGUACCGAGUCAUUUGGACCUGACAGAAAAGAAGUCAAAGCUUCGCUUCCAUAA